GUUUGUGUGUUGGUGUAGGUGAUUCCUUCAUUGGAAGAUAUGUACGGCGAAGAGUUCAUGAUUGAAAUUGUGAUACAAUGGACAGAGCUAGAACAAUACAAAAGAUAUCUUCAGAUAAUAUUUGCUCGUGUGGAGAAAGUUGCAGCGCAUUUACAUCUAGAAAAUCAUUCAUUGAUUGAUAUUUGUAAAACCCAAUUCUGUGACAGGGUCUGGGAUAGGUUCCACACUGAAAUCGACUUUUCGGUAACUAAGAUGAAGGAGGCAGGGGUGUUUAGCAAUGAAAAUCCAUUGAAGAAUGACCUGAUUCAAUUCUUCACUGACAUGGAGAAAGUACGUCCCAAUGAACGAUUUCAGACGACUUAUGAUAUUGUCAAAUAGCAGUAGAAUUUCGAUCGUGCCCAAAAUUAUUGAAGAUUUUGUUGGAUUUUAUAUAUGAUUAUGA